CUAGAUGAGAGAAUAACUCCAGACUCCAUCCUCAGGCUUUGCAAGGGCACAGCUGUGCCAGCUCACCCUGGCAGACUCCUGGCAGCAUGGCAGCAAAGCUCUGGACCUUCCUGCUGGGCUUUGGGCUCAGCUGGGUGUGGCCGGCUUCUGCCCACCGGAAGCUCCUGGUGUUGCUCCUGGAUGGUUUUCGCUCAGACUACAUCAGUGAGGAUGCUCUAGCAUCCUUGCCUGGCUUCAGAGAGAUUGUGAACAGAGGCGUCAAAGUGGAUUACUUGACUCCAGACUUUCCCAGCCUCUCCUAUCCCAAUUACUACACCCUCAUGACUGGCCGCCACUGUGAGGUCCACCAGAUGAUCGGCAACUACAUGUGGGAUCCCAGAACCAACAAGUCAUUUGACAUCGGGGUCAACCGAGACAGCCUGAUGCCCCUGUGGUGGAACGGGUCAGAACCGCUGUGGAUCACUCUGAUGAAAGCCAGGAGGAAAGUCUACAUGUAUUACUGGCCCGGCUGUGAAGUUGAGAUUCUUGGUGUCAGACCAACUUACUGCCUAGAAUAUAAAACUGUCCCAACAGAUAUCAACUUUGCGAAUGCAGUUAGCGAUGCUCUCGACUCAUUAAAGAGUGGCCGAGCGGAUCUAGCAGCCAUAUACCAUGAGCGCAUCGAUGUAGAAGGUCACCACUACGGCCCUUCAUCACCUCAGAGAAAAGAUGCCCUCAGAGCUGUGGACACUGUCCUGAAGUAUAUGAUCCAGUGGAUUCAGGACCGAGGCCUGCAGCAGGACCUAAACGUCAUCCUCUUCUCAGACCAUGGGAUGACUGACAUCUUCUGGAUGGAUAAAGUGAUUGAGCUGAGCAACUACAUCAGCCUGGACGACCUGCAGCAAGUGAAAGACCGAGGGCCCGUUGUGAGCCUGUGGCCAGUUCCUGGAAAACACUCUGAGAUAUAUCACAAACUCCGCACAGUGGAACACAUGACCGUGUAUGAGAAAGAAUCAAUACCCAACAGGUUCUAUUACAAGAAAGGAAAAUUUGUCUCUCCUUUGACCCUGGUGGCUGAUGAAGGAUGGUUCAUAGCAGAGAGUCGAGAGAUGCUUCCAUUUUGGAUGAACAGCACGGGCAAGCGUGAAGGCUGGCAGCGAGGAUGGCACGGAUAUGACAACGAACUCAUGGACAUGAGAGGCAUCUUCCUGGCCAUCGGACCUGCUAUCUGAUGUCCAGAAAGGCUUAUCAGACAGCAGUUUGCUGACAGCUAUUUCAAGUCCAACUUCAGAGCUGCUCCAAUCAGAUCCGUGGAUGUCUACAACAUCAUGUGCCACGUCGCAGGCAUCACCCCACUGCCCAACAACGGGUCCUGGUCCAGGGUGGUAUGCAUGCUGAAGGGCCAGACCAGCUCUGCUCCACCCACCCCACUGAACAGCUGUGCACUGGUCUUGAUUCUCCUCUUAUACUUUGUAUAGCUGGCCCUAUGGCUCAUUCCAAAGCACUGUUGCAGUAAAGCCUGCUUCCAACAUGGGACAGUUUUCAUUUUCUUUAUGGAAUAAUAGCUUUAUUAACACAAUCAAGGCCGUUAAAGUUGUGAAUAUAUUAUUCUUGGGUGAUUCUACCCACAAAAGUCCCUUCUGGGGAAAAAAACUGCAAAAUUCGUAUACUUUGUUUUACCUAAAAAGUUUGAAAUUUGCAUCUUCUCAUUCACUUUUCUACAUAGUUCUCUGCUUUGUUUAUACAUCCUUACUGAAGAUGAACAGUGAGAGCCAUGCUUUGCCCCUGCAACAGGCAAACAUUAAACGGGUAUCCUGUAGUCAUCUUGGACCCUCUCAUACUGCCUUGCCCUGUCAAGCAGGCUCUCUGUGAUCUGUCCACAUGUAAGAGCUCACACUUGGAGGUCUGCAGCCAUAAUGUUAUAUUUUCUAUUCUAUUCCAGAUAGAGACAGUCUAUCUACAGGAAAGCAAUAUGUGUUGUCUGGUUCUUCCCCAAUGCAUGGUGGUUUUUUUUUGUUUUUUGUUUUUUGUUUUUUUAACAACACAAUCUCAGAAAGCACAUAGACCAGUAGAAAUCACAACCAAUUGAAGUAUCAAUAACAAUUAGACAACUCAUAGAACUGGCAGAGGCCAUGACACCUCUCAAAAUUUGAGAACAGAAUAGCUUCUCCCCUUCAUUGAAUGCCAAGUUUCAAGGUUCUAUGUAACUAAAAACACAAUCUCUCAUAAUACAAAGCCUUGUGAGCCACAGGCCCUGAACAUUGACAUCCACAUCUGCCUGUCGGUGACCACUAACUUCCCUCAGACACUGCUACUCUUUUAGUUUUUGAGUCAAGGCACAUGUCUGAUAUGUCAGUGAAGGCUUGGAAAGGAAGCCUUAGUAUCAUAGUAUGAACAUCAUAAAUUUAACUCUUUGCUAGGAAUAGUGAUAUAUCAAAUGCAAGUUCCAUACUUCAGUAGUUCAGAAGGACCUUGUAAAACAAGGACUGAUUGUACUUUUAAACAAUUAGAAGAGAGCCUACAUGUACACACACAUGCACACACAUUUACACAUAAACACAUAUACACAUGCACACACACAUGUAUGCACAUGCACAGACAUAAACAUAUACAUGAAUAUAAACACACACACACGUGUGUGAACACAUGCCCUCCACAUAUUAUGGUGAUACCUAGAAUUUUUAUCUUUUUUAUGAUGAAGAAGCAUCAUAAAGCAUCAAAUUCAAAAGAAUUUGAGUUUUGAAUUUGUCCAUUUUCUCAGCUACUGUUAUGCCAUGUGACACUGUCUCACCAGGCUGGCCAGAAGCAGCAACAAACCGGAGCUCCCAACCAGCCACAUGAUCCUGGCUGUGGGCCUCAAUAUCCUAGAGCACACGGUGCCGCUAAACUAUGAGGGUCUGUAGGGUGGUGUAUGAAAGUCCUGUUGACUAAAUAAUAGUUUCAGUUCAUGAUAGGCUUAUGGGCAUGUGACCUCAUCCUAUGUUGAGGAGAUUAUGAAUCCUGUUGCCUUUGAAAUGAGUUGGCACUAAAUGGGUCAUUAAAAGUGACACUGUGUCAGGAAAAGACAAAACAUCAGCUCUCAGGAGGAGGAAGCCUUUAUUUGGUGCUUGCCCUGAAAAAAAAACAAAAAACAAAACAAAACAAAACAAAAAACCCCAAAACCGAAAACAAAACAAAACAAAACAAAAAAAACUAACAAAACAAAACAACAAACAAACAAAAAGCUCAAUAGCACCUGAGUUUCGCAAAGAUGGAGUUGCUGCAGUGUCUUGAACUAAGAGAGCAAAAGAUCACUGCUUAAAAAAAUGUUGAGUUUAUUCUCACAAAAGAUUUCUAAGGAUUUAGGUAAUGUGUCUUUAAAGCUCCAACAAACCAUGGAAUCAACUGGGAAGGAGGCGAAUUAGCCUUUGUUGUGUGGUUGAAAGCAAAUUAGUGCUUUCAGAACACUGGUAGGGGCUGUUGAAACAGACAUCUAUUGUUCAAAGUUUUCUUUUCCCUUCAAGAAUGGUAUUUUGUUGAAUUCCAGGAAGCCAGUUUGACUUCCUCUUUAGAAGAAGGAUUUCUGAGACACAUUCAAGUGAUUAAAUUCAAAGCAAAUUGUCAACAUCACAAGGGGGAUGCAAUGUUGCAUCUUUCUUUCUGGUUCUUUCCUUCACUGGUCUUUAGGUUAUAUAACAAAAUCUCAGAUAUCUACCUUACAAAGUAUAAUGUUCACUAAAUGAAUGAGGAAAAAGAUACCAAAGGAAAAAAGUGUAGAGGCACAUAAUAAUAAUACAAUUUAGGGUUAAAAAAAGUCUUUUGCCUAAAAAUAAUGCAUAGAUUCUAAUGACAUAAUUAGUUGGCUGAAAGGAUCUUCCUAUUAAUUUUGCUUUAAAGUCUAAUUUUUUUCCCCAGUUAAUAUCUCCCACCUACUAUUAACCCUCCCUGCAUAGCCUCUGCAAUUCACUGACAGUAUAUUCCUGGUGCCAGGGCUGUAGACUUCACUUUCUCUAAACGUGAUGUGCUCAGUAGAAGUAAGAUGUGCUAGGAAUAUGCACGAACAUGCUCCCUCUUUAAGUUUCCUGAGAAUUUCCUGCUAAGCCCAGGAGGAAGAUAACUGGGUGGACCUACCACAGAGAAAUGAAAGGGAUGGUCUUUAAAUUAAAGAUGAGACUAAGGGCUACUUUCUCUACCCAUGUGCCUCAUCUCCAGGAUCCAAUUUAAUUAAGUUCUGAAGACCUAACCAUAAACUAUAAAAGGUCCAGGGAAUUCUUGCAAGCCUAGAAGAGUCUUAAAUUAUAAAGGCCCAAUUCUCUUCACUUUAAAAGAAACUUUGGAAAUCCAUAUCAGAUCUGAGUUCAACCACAGACAGUACCUUGCAAUCUCUCCCAGAGUUGCAGAGACAGGGUCUCAGGCAACCCUUGUAAGUCAUAAUAAUGAAGGUUUGGGCUUGCUCCAAGGAGAAGUGGGGUUUGCUUCAAUCCUGGAUUAUCUGAAUCCUCAGAGAGCUAUUUCAUAAUUAGCCAGUUCUUCUGGGGCUCAUCAGCUGACACUGGCCACUGACCAACCCCAUAUGGAUCAAGCUUCCAUCCCUCCAACACCAAAGAGGAGGUCUCAAAGCUCUUAAGGGGAACGAAACUUGUAGAGAAAAAAAAAAGGCAGGUGGCUUGCCUUUCACAUGUCCCUCCUUGUGGCUCUAGGAGUCCCCAUGGUGCUAUCAAACCAACUUGGACAUUAUUCAAGAAGCACAACUCUUCAGUGGAAUUUUCUAAGUGUUUCACAUUUGUAUGAAUGUCAAGAGAUUUCCAAGUGUGAUUUGCAUUUUUACCAUUAUAAGCAACCUGUGAUGGAUCAAAGUCAGAUGCUAUAAAUUAUUUGCUACAGAAAAUGAGAACAUAGCCAAUGCCCACUGGCUGUUGAACAUUUCAAAACUUGGUUUUUAGCUUAUUCUCAGGAGAAUACGUGUUGCUUAGAAAUCAUAAAAUGUCACCUAGUACAAUGUAUUAAAUGUUUAUAUUUUGAAUGAAAAAAAAAAGAAUAAAUGUCAACAGGGAGACUU